GAGUUCAACCUCGUUCGAGUCAGGUCCAAACAUGUCUAUAAUUUGCUCCAAUAUGUCACCAAUAGUCACACCACGCAUCUCAGCCCCGUUACAUGACCUGUCUCGACGAACACAACCCUACAAGCUCUUACUAAAACCCUACCUCUCCGUCACCACCGAGCCAGAAACCCUAGAAAUCAUGAACUCCGUAGACGAAUCAGACGUCGGAAUCUUCUGCUACAUUUCUCAGCUUCCCGGCUUUCGCGGUGUUCUGAAACAAAGGUAUUCUGAUUUCAUUGUAAAUGAAGUAGAUUUGGAUGGAAAUGUUGUUCACUUGACCUCAUUAGAUGCACCUCCUGAGGUUUUGGAGGAAAAGAAAACAGAUUUAUCUGAUCAAUUGAAUAAGAGUUAUGAUACUGAACUUGAAUUAUUUAGAUCUCUUGCUGGUGACACUGAUGCUGACCAUCUCAAAGCUUUUAUAGAUCAAAUUAGUUCCGAUGUUAAAGAUAGCGUCUCACCGCUCGUUCUUUCCCCAAAUUCUAAUAAAUCCCAUCGGACGGCCAUGCAUAAUUUUUUCAAGGAAAAAUUAAAAUUUCUUGUUACCGACACUGUAGAUGGACCUGAUGCCUCAUCCAAAUGCAUCCGGGUGUGGCUAAAUUCUUCAGGAGGGAAUAGUGGCAGUGGAAGAAACUCCAAGAAACGUAAAGACAGGGGUGAUAAGCCUUACGAUAAUAGAGGGGAUAAUUGGCCGGAGCAUCUUGGCAAGUUCCUUAGGUUUCAUCUUUACAAGGAGAACAAGGAUACACAGGAGGCAUUAGGGCUGAUUGGAAAGAUGCUUGGCCUACAGACAAGGUCAUUUGGAUUUGCGGGUACAAAAGAUAAGCGCUCUGUAUCUACUCAAAGGGUAACUGUUUUUAAGCAGCAUGCAAGUAGAUUAGCUGCUCUUAAUGAAAGAUUGAUUGGUAUCAAAGUUGGUGACUUUUGCCAUGUCAAAGAAGGACUUCUUCUUGGACAACUCUAUGGAAAUCGUUUUACUGUUACACUAAGAGGAGUUAUUGCAGAUUCUGAAGAGACAAUAAAAGCAUCUGCAGAUGCCUUAGGAAGACGUGGAUUUAUCAACUACUUUGGUUUACAACGAUUUGGAAGCGGUUCCGUACCAACACAUUCAAUUGGAGCUUCAUUACUUCGAGGAGAAUGGAAAACGGCUGUGAGCAUGAUUUUGGAUCCAAGAGAAGGAGAAAAGGAUGCCAUUAGGAGGGUACGGGAAUAUUACAAGGAAAGUGAUGAUAUUGAAGGGACCCUGAGGCAGUUGCCUUACCAUUUGGUUGCUGAAAGGGCAAUACUCCAGUGUUUGAAGAAAUGUCCUGGGAAUUACUUACAGGCUCUGAAAGCUAUACCUAGGACUCUUAGAAUGAUGUAUGUACAUGGUUACCAAAGCUACUUGUGGAACCAUGCGGCAAGUAUGAGAGUGAAAAAAUAUGGAAUUGACCAAGUUGUGUUGGGAGAUUUGGUAUACUGUAAAAGAACAUGUUCAGAAAAAGUAACAGUGGUCUCGAAUUCUGAAUGUGAAGACAGUAACUGUAAUGAUGUCCAACUUGAUGAAAUUUCAGAAACAGAUCUUCCUGAAGAAAGAAGUGAUUCAGUGAAGGCUGUAAGCGAAGAAGAUUUGGUUUCUGGAGAUUAUACAAUUGAUGAUGUUAUUCUUCCUUUGCCUGGUUCGAGGGCAAUUUAUCCAUUGAAUGAUAUUGGCAAAGUUUAUCAUGAUCUGGCGAAGAAGGAUUCUAUCUGCUUGACGGAGAGUGUACAUGGUGUCAAGGAGUUCUCAAUAACUGAUAUGACUGGAGGUUAUAGGCGAGUAUUUCAAAAACUGAAGGACUUUAAAUGGGAACUACACAAAUAUACGGAUGGAACUGUAUCACUGGCAGAGACAGAUUUGGACAUUAUUUCCAAGUCAAGACCUGCAAAUAUGAUCAGAGAAAAGGAUUCGGCCAAUGGAAAUGAAGAUAAAGAUGGAAAUGAAGACAAAGAUGCCCAGGAAGACCAGAUGGCUCUCAAAUUAAGCUUUAUUCUCCCAGCUUCUUGCUAUGCAACAAUGGCCGUAAGGGAGCUGCUGAAGACAUCAACUUCUGUUGCAUUUCAUAAAACAUUGAACAGCUAAGCUCGGUCCUUGGAUAAAUUUGAGUCCCAGACACCAUCUUUCUCGGAGGAAGUAGCAUUUGUUAGUUCAGAAGGAAAGUGGGGAAAUAAGAUGCAGGUUCAUUUCAGAUUUGUUAGAUCACUGAACAAUUGGGCAAAAAAGAUUUUGUAUCCUCCUGAACACUUGGGAUUUACCUUGUCUGAAUAUAUUGCAUCUUUAACUUGAUAGGUGCAUUUCAUAAAAUUUUGAAUUUCUGAGCUUUUUGCAUUUCGUGGAGAUUAAUGGAGUCGUCAUCAUGCAAGUGCCUUUUCGAGGGAAAAGGUAAUUGUGGAUUAAGGGAAGUUGGGCAAACAAGGUUAUAUCUUAUCCAGCACACUUGAUACUUCCCCUGUUGGAAUCUUUUGUAUUAUAACAUAUUUUUUUGAUCUAAAUUAUUCUAAUAUUAUGUUGAUACAUUUUGAUUUGGAAACUGUAACACAAGCCUAAACAUCCCCAGUGAGAUAGACUUUGUUUUACUCCAUACAGUCUAUGGUGCACAGACUGCACGAUUUUUGGUUUUAGUUUAAA